AUGUUUAUUUUCUUCUUCUUCAUCACUGCCAUUGUGCUUUUCGGAGUUUUGCUGGCUACAGCGUUUCUGGCGUUUCUUGUUCGUCACUCGAAUCAUUCGGCAAAAAUCCGACCGAAAAAGAAAAAUGUAAGUUUUUUUAAAAAGGUUUUUUAAAAAUAUUAAUUCAGUAUUCUUGCUCAGGCUUCGCUUUGUGCCGUUCUCGGCUCGGGUGGGCAUACAACCGAAAUGUUGGAACUCGUUAAACAUUUUGGCGAUGAGUUCAACGAGAGAACCUACAUCAUUGCCGAUACCGACACAAUUAGUGAAGAUAAAGUGAGUGUUCUUUGAAACAUUUUGAUCAUAUUCUUCUUCAAGGCCACCGCACACGAAAAGUCUCGAAACAAUGAAAGAUUUGCUAUCGAAAAGAUACCGCGAUCUCGGGAGGUCGGACAAUCGUAUUAUUCCUCAAUUUUCUCAACGCUGAACUCAUUUGUCUUCUCUGUAAAACUUUUGUAUCGUAUCAGGUUGGUUCAGUCUUUUUCCGAAUAUACAUGGGACUACUUUCAGGCCUGAUCUUGUCCUCCUCAAUGGCCCUGGAACGUGUAUUCCUGUCGCUUUCGCGGCCGCUUUCUUCGACAUGAUCCGUCUAGCUGACACUGUUCUCAUCUACGAAGAGUCCAUCUGCCGCGUCAAGAAGCUUUCCUUAUCCGGAGCAAUUCUUUACUACACAGGAAUGGUCGACUGCCUCAUUGUCCAAUGGCCCGGUCUCAAAAUGACAUAUCCUCGUUCUACUUAUAUCAAUGAUCUAAUCAUUCCUAACUAA